UGCUUGUACUAUUAUCAAUGGUGGACUUAUAAGAAAAAAACGUUAAUUUCGAAAACUAACAAAGAAUAUUAUAGAAAUUGAAUCUUUAAUUUGGUGACUUGUCAUUUUUUAAAUAAUUUUUGUUAGUUAGUGCUUUAAAAUGUUAAAAAAAUUCAUAACAAUAAAUCGUAUUUUAUCUAAUGUCAAUAUUUAUUAAAGAUGUAGUAACAGUGACAGCUGAUGAAGAAUUAAAUUGUUGCGUAGGUGGUUAAAAUUGUAUUUGGAUCAUAUAAAAUUUAUAUCAUUAAACAACAAAAAUAUCAGUGCUAAGAAUAGAGUGCGCAGUUUAUUAGUAAGUUUGAGAUACGAUAGUUUUUCGAUUUUUUAAGAUUCAUAAUAUCUUUUGUUAUGUUAUAAUUAGAUUUAUAAAUAUAUUUAUAAAUAUUGUUUAUGGAUUAAUUUUAUGAUUUUCAUAACGACUGUGUAAUAACAGUCAGUUUUAUCUAGUGAUCAUGGAACAAAUGAUUGCUUUGAGUACACAAAAUCCAUUAACUUUAUUAGUAAAGUUUGGAAUGAUGGCUUGGAAUGAUACCUGUGGCAAUGAAAAUUGCUCCGGACAUGGAGAAUGUCAUAAUGGUACUUGUUUAUGUGAGAUUCAAUUUGAUGGAUUAGAAUGUCAUGUUCCAAAUUUAAGUUAUUAUAUUGCAUUUGCCACAAUAUUCUUUAUGUUGGCAUUUGUCUGUUUAAUACAACUUAUUAUGUGUAUUAUCGCAGAAUGGCAAAAAAUGAAAGCACCAUCUUUUCUUAGAGCUUGUAGAGUUACAACACAAAAAGUUUUAUAUUUUAUUGUGUUUCUUGCAUCAUUGAUAAGAGGAGCAUAUUUUACAUCACCAACGGCAUUUAAAGAAGGAUGGUCUAGAAGUUUAUUAUCUGCAUAUUAUCCACUUGUUUUAAGUGGAUCCUCUUUAAUUGUUUGUUUUUGGGCUGAAGUAUUUCACUUAAGAAAUAUGUCAUGGGACAAACCACAAUUUCUUUCAAAAUCAUUCAUAGGUUUUGCUGUGUUCAAUGUAUUAACAUAUUCUCUACUUCUAGCAGAGUUUAUUAUCACUCAAUUAUAUUCUGAAGAAGAUCAGAGCUCUUACACUCAUAUUUUUAAUGGCUGUUACGCAGUGCUCUUAUUUAUUGUUGUGAUUUUCUUCUUAAUUUAUGGAGUGGAAGUAUACUUCAAAAUUCGAGGUGGCUUUUUGAAUGAUUAUCAAAAUAGUACAAUUUUGAAUAAACGUAUGGUUUCUGAUUUAAAAGUUAAUGCUGAAGAACAAGUUACUGCAAAAUUGUUUGAUGCUGUUCCAAGUACAUCACAAUUAUCUCAAGUGCAAGAACAAAUAAAUAUUUCUCAGUUACAUCAAUCUCGUGUAGGUUUAUUAUCACAAGCUAUCAUGUUGUUUUUUAUUGUUGGAUUUUUAUGUAGUGAAACACUUAGUGAAUUUUGGAAAGCAAAAGUUCCUAUAUAUAGUAGGAAUUGGCAUGAUGUUGUUUUCCGUAUUAUUGAAGUAGGCGUAAUAUUAUGGUUUCCAUGUGUAUUAUGGAAUUGUUUUAGUCCAGAACAAUUAUGGAUUCUAAAUCCGAAACGUCUUUUAAAGCGAUUAGAUCACUCUAAGUAUAUAAAAGAAAUAGAAUUACAAGAUAAAAGUGGAGAACAAGAAACUGCACUUUUCUCAGAUGGAACAUCAAUUAGUAGUAAAGAUUGUUGGAUUUGCUAUGAUAGUGAAAGACAAGAUGCUGGACCAUUAAUACAACCUUGUCAAUGUAGAGGUGAUGUGAGUGCAGUUCACCACAAUUGUUUGCGUCGAUGGUUGGUCGAGAGUUCUGUGAAUGCUGAUAGUCUUAGUUGCAAAGUAUGUGGUACAAAAUAUAAUGUUGAACAUGCAAGUAAAUUGGAUUGGCAAAAUGGUAUAACUUCGCGUCAUUGCUUGCAAACUAUUGCUAUUGUCACGACAAUGUGUGGAUCAUCAGCUGCUGCUUGGACUCUUAUUCAAUUAGUAGAAGGCCCAAUUAUUAGAAUGCUUGCAGCUGGUACUGCAUUAUUAGUUAUGUAUGUUUGUAUAAGGUUUUUAAGUUUAAACACAGUUGUAGCAUAUCAGCGUGCCAAAAUUUCAUCUUUAAAUAUUAUUAGUUCUGAUAAUAAUGGAAAUGCACAUGUAUCAACUAUUAGUCAUACAGUUUGUGUAGAUUUGGCAAAAUCUGAAACAGCUACGAUAUAAUUGAUAUUUGACUUAUUGACUUGUAUCAAUAAUAUAACAUUUAUUUCAUCUUUAUUUAUAAAAAAAA